CACGUUCAUAACCACACUGUAAAGGACAGAACAAACUUUGUGCAUGUGGUCUACUAACUGUGAAUGCUAGCCAUAUUCUUUAUUCACCAUGACAGAAGAUCAGGACCUCAUGGCCAAGAUCAGCCAGCUUGCUGGCCAGAUCAAUAGACACAAGACCCAGAAUACCCCAACAUCAACGCCUUACGGUAGUGAUUAUCAAUCAGGUCAUUAUGUAGCACGUCAUGUACCCUCUCGAGGGCGUCCGGGUUGGGCGCCAUAUCGCGGACGACCGUAUGGGCGAGGCCGUGGCGCUGCUCCUCACCGACACCGUACACUCGUUCUCAACAAUACAGCGACACCAGGGACUCCAGGUGGUGCGACACCCUCUACUAACUCUGGGAUGGAUGUUGAUAGCGAGAGUCGAUCGACAACACCAAAUGGAUGGGUUGCUAAGCGCGACCGACACAUGCAGUUGAUCAACUCUGCUAUAUACGACCAAGAAGCGCAGGCGAGAGCGAAGGCUAUGGAAGAGAGUCGCAAGGCCAAAGAGAAGAAGAAAGCAGAGAUCGAGCAGGCCAAAGUACUCAGAUACGCGCAGGGUGUCGGUAGGCAGUAUCCUAGCUCUGCCGCUCCCCAGGUUGCCCCGGGGCCGUCGGCGGAGUAUCAGGUCUACCUCAACGAUAUACCUUUCCGUGUCUCACGAGGCGGUAGUAAAUUGAUAAGAGUGUCUGAUGAUCCGAAUACUGUCAAUAACACACCAAAGAGAGUAACUAUUGCCGGCGUUACCUUUGUUCGGAGCAAAAAUGGAAAUCUCCACCGUCUUGGUGCGGUUACUUCGAAAAGAAAGCCCAACGCCACUAAGAAGAAUGAGCUUUGCCGCAGAUUCACUACGACCGGUACCUGUUACAAAGGACCAUCCUGUCUAUACGUUCAUGACCCAGAUAAGGUCGCGCUGUGCAAAGACUUCCUCCAAACUGGUGAUUGCACCGCAGGUAUAAGUUGCGAUCUUUCCCAUGAACCUUCGCCCCACAGAUCCCCUACUUGUAUGCAUUUCCUCCGAGGUCGCUGCUCCAACCCGGAGUGCCGAUAUGCCCAUAUCCGGUUGACUCCUGGUGCACCCGUUUGCAGAGAUUUUGCAAAUCUGGGCUAUUGUGAAAAAGGCGCUAAUUGCGACCAACGACAUGUACAUGAGUGUCCUGAUUAUGCCAACACGGGUGUAUGCAACAAGAAACGUUGUCGCCUGCCCCAUGUUGAUCGUGCAGGACAAAUUCGGAAGAAUACUGGUGCUAACAAAGUCGAUGCCACGAAUGACGAUGAUUCUGAUGCCUCUAGCGAGGAUGAAGAGUACGAUGAAAUCGAUUCUGAUGAUGUUGACUCAGACGAUCUUGACGAGGAUGAGCCGGAACUCAUCAUAAAAAGAGACGGCAGUAACGAUCUUUCGCAGCAGCAGGAUUUCAUCCGCUUCUAAUUGUACAUGCCCACUAACUGCACAUAGCUGCAAGAAUAGUGUAACUGAGGAUUUGGGUUGAUCUCGACAGGCAAGAUGAAGAGAGAAAAAAAGAGUGAAACAGAAAAAACACGAAAAGAAAAUGAAAAGAAGAAGAUGAUGAUGACGGACGAUACAAAAUCCAGUAAUUAGAAGGGUAUCUGCUUUUGGCCUUUUUUUUGCUUUAUGCCUUACGAACUGAAGUUUCUGCUCGCGAAAGAAGUUACCGAUACCCGUACAGCAUGUUUCAGGACUUGUCUAUUUGUCUGGUGGGUGGAGAAGGCUUGAUGGUUUGGAUUGUUGCAUGGGUAGCAAUCUACAAGUUGAUAAGGAGGGACUGUAGUAUUACUCGGUACUCUUGACUAGAGAUCAGAAAUAGAUACUAGGAUGGUAAUGGCACUUCGUUAUUUUUCUA